UUUGCCGGUCAGGUGGUUCUCCAACCGUCCCGCGAUGGCCGCGAUCAAGGCAGUAAACGCCAAGGCCGAGGUGGCGCGGGCCCAGGCGGCCUUGGCGGUCAAUAUCUGCGCCGCCCGAGGGCUGCAGGAUGUGCUGCGGACCAACUUGGGUCCCAAGGGCACCAUUAAAAUGCUCGUUUCCGGUGCGGGCGACAUCAAACUCACCAAAGACGGCAACGUGCUGCUGCACGAGAUGCAAAUCCAACACCCGACAGCUUCGCUGAUCGCGAAAGCUGCCACGGCCCAGGACGACGUCACAGGAGACGGCACCACUUCCAACGUCCUGAUCAUCGGGGAGUUGCUGAAACAGGCCGAUCUGUACAUCUCCGAGGGCCUGCACCCUAGAAUAAUCGCUGAAGGAUUUGAAGCUGCAAAGAAAAAAGCACUUGAAGUUUUGGAAGAAAUUAAAAUGAAAAAGGAGAUGAAAAGAGACUUCCUCUUAGAUGUGGCUCGAACAUCUCUACAAACUAAAGUUCACGCUAAACUGGCUGAUGUGUUAACAGAGGCCGUGGUGGACUCCGUCUUGGCCGUUAGAAGACCCGGCUACCCUAUCGACCUCUUCAUGGUGGAGAUCAUGGAGAUGAAGCACAAGUCAGAAACAGACACAAAGUUGAUAAGAGGAUUAGUUUUGGAUCAUGGUGCCCGUCAUCCAGAAAUGAAGAAGCGAGUAGAAGAUGCAUUUAUCCUUACUUGCAAUGUGUCACUAGAAUAUGAAAAAACAGAGGUAAGCUCUGGCUUCUUUUACAAGACUGCAGAAGAAAAAGAGACAUUGGUAAGAGCUGAAAGAAAAUUUAUUGAUGAUAAAGUACAAAAAAUAAUAGACCUGAAAGACAAAGUUUGUACUCAGUCCAACAGAGGAUUUGUUGUCGUUAAUCAAAAGGGGAUUGACCCGUUCUCCCUAGACACGCUCGCACAGCACGGCAUAGUGGCUCUUCGCAGAGCCAAGCGAAGGAACAUGGAGAGACUCUCUCUCGCUUGCGGCGGAGUGGCUGUGAACUCCCUUGAAGACCUCAGCGUAGACUGCUUGGGCCAUGCCGGUCUUGUGCAUGAACGUGUGCUAGGUGAAGAAAAGUUCACUUUUAUUGAGGAGUGUGUGAACCCUCGCUCGGUCACCUUGUUGGUUAAGGGGCCAAAUAAGCACACUCUGACGCAAAUCAAAGACGCCGUGAGGGAUGGGCUCCGUGCCGUGAAAAACGCCAUCGAGGACGGCUGUGUGGUGCCAGGCGCGGGCGCAGCUGAAGUGGCAAUAGCCGAAGCCCUCAGUGUGCACAAGCACAGCGUGAAAGGGAGAGCUCGCCUCGGGGUCCAGGCGUUUGCUGACGCCCUGCUCAUUAUCCCUAAGGUACAGCCAUCCGGAUGGCCCCGGAACUGCUGCUUAGAUGAAACACUAGUAAAAAUUCAGUCUGAGCAUUUAGAAUCGAAACAACCCAUUGGCAUCGACUUGAAUACAGGUGAGCCAAUGGUAGCAGCAGAUGCAGGAGUCUGGGAUAAUUAUUGUGUGAAAAAACAACUUCUUCACUCCUGCACAGUGAUUGCCGCGAACAUUCUCCUGGUCGAUGAGAUCAUGCGGGCCGGCAUGUCCUCGCUCAAGGGGUGAUGGAGUGCAGCACCGCCGCGCCCGAGGCGGAGAGUGAGCACGCCCGACGCCCCACUACCUCUAUGCAGCCCGAGCCAUUCCUCAUUGUUAACAAUAAAUGCAGUUUAUGUUCGUUGGU